UCCAUGAAGCUAAGCCUAAAUUCCCAGGUGGACCCUUGUGCUCAUGAAGCGGGCCGUAGAAGAAAACAGAGGCCCGUUUGGUUGCUAUCCGAUGCUUCCAUUAGAUCAGCCCCACCCGGCCCACGGAGGGGACCCGUUUCAAUUUGGAAUGCGUGGCACACUGGCACUGACUCCCUCAGGCAUGGACAGUAUUUAUAUAGAAAUGAAACCUUGGUUUCUGCUGGUGGAGUGUUUGAGCUAGGCUUUUUCAGCUCCCAUGCUGCACCAAAUGGAUACUUGGGAAUCUGGUUCAAGAAUGACAAGAACCAAAAGCCAGUUUGGGUUGCAAAUAGAGAUAGCCCCUUUAUGGAUUUCCCAGGAGUACCGGGUUCCUCAGGAGUAUUUCUCACCAUCAGGUAUGAUGGGAACAUGGUGAUUAGUGAUCAAAGAAAUGUUCCGUUUAUUCUGAAUUAUGGAGCACUUGCAUCAAGCAAUAACACACGUGCAACAAUAGGUGACUCGGGAAAUCUAAUUCUCAUGGAAGGAGAAGAGAUUUUGUGGCAGAGUUUCUAUUAUCCGACAGAUACAUUUCUUCCUGGAAUGAAAUUGGGGUUGUUUAACAUGAAUACUGAGCAGUUGAGGAAACAGUUUCUAGUAUCCUGGUUUAGCGCAUCUGUCCCUGCUGAUGGUUCUUAUGCUUUAGGCAUUGAUCCUGUAAACAAUACUCAGUUCAAUGUCUGGCGCAGUGAUGGUGCUUACCAACAGAUUGGCUUGUGGGAUGGCCAUGAAUUUAAGUUCUUCUUCCAAAGCACAUCAGAUAAUCUCAAUUUCAGCUUUGUUUGGAAUAGCAAAGAGAUUUAUCUUACUUUUAACAACAAAAACACUACCAUGCCUUCAUGGUUUGUGUUAACCUCAAAUGGGGAGAUUAAUGAGUUCAGGAUGGUAGGGCAGGAAAUUGAGAUUGUGGAUUAUUCACUAUGUGAUGACACAAUGGCACGCAGUUCUAAUGGCUGUUUGGUGGCGAUGCCAUCAGCAUGCUCAGGUGGAGAUAAUUUCUCAAACACCAGAGGAUCGCUGCCGAGUUCAAUGGUUUUAAGCUGGCCAAUUCAUGUAGAUCCCUAUGACUGCGAGAUAUUGUGCAGGAACAAUUGCUCAUGUGUUGCAUAUGCAUAUAAGCCAUUGCAAGAUGAAGGAAUUCUAUGUCAACUUUAUUAUGGAAAUAAAAGCGAUCUUCUGAAACUGGUAGGGACAGGGAACAGCACUGUUUAUGUGCGUGGUAAUGCUUCUAAAUCCGAUAGGAAGCUGUUGGUUGUCACAGUUAUGGUGAUUCCCUUGGUAUUCUUCAUUUUGAUCUUAUUGCUGCAUCGUUUAUGGAGAAAGUUAAACUCUUUAGGAAUUUAUGGCUUCCAUAAUGGCAUGAGAGACAGUAUGAGGUUAUUAUUGUUGCAGUUGAGCUCUGAUGAUAAUGCAAGCAGUCCCAAUGUUAUAGAACUUGGAACGAAGAAGGAUCAUGAGUUGCCAUUUCUUAGCUUUUCCUUAAUAGUGACAUCCACCAAUAAUUUCUCUCUUGCAAAUAAGCUUGGACAAGGUGGUUUUGGACCUGUUUAUAAGGGUAAGUUACUAGAACAUGACAUUGCAGUCAAAAGGCUUUCCAAAAAUUCUAGACAAGGACCGUUGGAGUUCAAGAAUGAGGUGCAGUUAAUCUCUAAGCUCCAGCACAGAAAUCUUGUUAAGCUUUUGGGUUGUUGCAUUCACCGAGAAGAAAAGAUAUUAAUCUAUGAGUACAUGCCCAACAAAAGCUUGGACUCCUUCAUUUUUGAUCCAACAAAGCGAAGACUACUGAAUUGGACACAGCGCAUACACAUAAUUGAAGGGAUUGCUCAAGGGCUUCUUUAUCUUCACAAGUACUCCAGAUUAAGAAUUAUUCAUCGAGAUCUGAAAAUUAGCAACAUCUUAUUGGAUGCUUAUAUGAACCCCAAGAUAUCAGACUUUGGCUUGGCUAGAAUUUUAUCCGGGAAUGAAUGUCGAGCCAAAACAAAUCGGGUUGUUGGAACAUACGGUUAUAUGUCUCCUGAGUAUGUGAUGCACGGCCUUUUCUCAACAAAGUCUGAUGUAUUCAGCUUUGGAGUCAUUGUGUUGGAGAUUGUAAGUGGCAGGAAGAAUGCAAACUUUCAUGAGUCAGAUCAUUCUUUGAACUUACUAGGACAUGCAUGGAAUUUAUGGAAAUCUGGGCGAUGCUUGGAGUUGAUGGAUUCGACAUUGGUCGAUUCAAGUUCAACGGAUAGCCUUGCGCUCUGCAUUCAGGUGGGACUUUUAUGCGUCCAAGAUUGUGCAGAAGAGAGGCCAACCAUGUCAGAUGUUGUUUCAAUGUUCAGCAAUGAAGGGGCAACUUUGUCUACGCCUAAACAGCCUACAUAUUCUAACUUAAUGACAGAGGUUGAUAAACCAUUAAGACGUGAAGUGCAUUCUGAAAAUCUUUUGACAUUUUCAGCCAUGGAAGCACGAUAACAACUUCAAACUUGUAUGCUCAAGUUUAUGUACGGAUGGAUUGCCUGUAUAGUUCAUGUUCCUGUUCAUGUACAGAUGGAUUGCUCAAGUUUUGAUCCAAUCCACAUUGUUGCACCGAAAUUUCUGCUUCUUAACAAAUCAACUUUUUCGUAAGAAACCACAAGGGUUUUUGAACUUUUGCAUUCAUUUCCUAUAAUUGUGUAUGCCUUGUGUUGAGGGGCUGUCAGGUUGGCCAUAUUUUUCUGAGUGUAUGAUCUGUACAUUAUUGAAGGAGUGGAAGCUCACAGUUAUACAAUGACAUUUGAUUGUUUCCAAUCUCCUCAAAUGUUGUUUUUUUUUUUUUUUUUUUUUUUUUCAUUUUGUUCAACUUCCUUGUUAACUCUCUUCUCUCAUCUCAAUUUUCUGUUGUUUCUAAUCCAUACAUAUACUAAAUCUCCAAGGCAUUACCCUGCAGCAUUAAUUUUGUGGGCUUUGACUUUAAUUUUGCAUUUGUUGGUUAAGGAAAUGAAUCAAAUCUCUUCAAAUGAUAAUUCACUAAAGGGGUUUAGUCCAAUGAACAAAGACAUUGACUUGUAGACCAGAGGUCAUGAUUGUGUGUUAAAAAUCAUCUCCUUUGUAAUUUAGACUAUCGCUUAUACUUUUUUUAAAAAUUGAUCAUUCCCAAUGAUGACUGGUAUUUUGGCCCUAUCCCUAAUAAUAUAAUAAAAAUCCAACUUUCAUGCAAAUACAAAACACAACCAAACAAUAAAACAGAAAAAUUAAAGUCUUCACUAAUCAACUCUUCUAUUCUAUCCAACAAAACAAUGUUGUUGGGUAACUUGGAUACUUUUAUGAGUGAGGGGUGAAGAACGUAUGGGCAAGUGAUGGAGCUUUGAGUCUUCCUAUACAUAUGCUUCUCUGUAACCCUGCCAUUUUUGCUAGGUCUGCUGCCUGAAA